AUGGAGCCAAGAGAAUGUAUUAAUAUUAAUGAUGGAGUAGCAUCAUCUAAAUCAACUUCUGCUACUACUAGUUCAACCACUUCAAUAUCAACAACACCAUCAAUAAAUAGAAUAUAUACAACACCUUCAACUGAGCAAUAUAGUAAGACACCUAGAAUAGCAAAGACUCCAUCAACACCAAAGACACCAUAUGAGCCAAAGAAGGUCUUUGUUCUCUUCACCCCAGAUACAUGGCCUCAACAAUCAACAAUUACAAACAAGAAUGUACAUUCUCCACCCAAGACUUCAAUACCUUUAUCAGAGUUGAGAAUUAUCUCUGAACAAAGAUUGAGAUCACUCACUCAACAGGAUAUUAUUAAUAUCAAGAUUGCAACACAAUUCAAGAAGCCAAUGGUUCGUGAGUGGUUCAGGAGAGAGUGGUUCGAGGACAAUCUCGAGAUUCCCAACGAACAGGUACUGAGGACUGUAUAUUCAGUAUUCUGCCGACUCACCAAGUUGAAUCACCUGUCACACUCGAUCAGAGAUGAGUUCAGGUCGAUGUGGUCCGGUAUGGUGAGAUAUAGUCCAUCCAGGGUACCACAUGCCAAGAGGGUUCUUGAGAAGAAAGUGCCGAAUCCAGAUUCAGAGAGUUACAAACACUCGGUUAUCCGCGACACCAAGAGGAAUGAAUAUGAUCCAGAGUUGUGCAGUGCUAUCUCCAUGAUGAUAUUGGAGUAG